CGUCGUCGCUCGUCGAUGACGUCACGUAUGGAGCCAUUGACGCCCCCACCCAAAGCAGCGGCAACAGUUGGCGUCAGUUAUCUGAGCUCCUUUUCCCGACUCGGAUCUCUUGACUUUUGUCUCGUCCUCACCAUGUCUGCUUUGUACGGUAUCUGUUUGUUACUUUUGUCCGGCCUCGUCGCCCCCCAGGCUCAAAUGUCGACCACUUCUCCGCCUGUCGUCACAGUGUCGUGCGCUUCCAAGUCCAACAGCAGUUGUGCAAAAUGUCUACAAGAUGCCUCUUGUUUGUGGUGCGAGCCCAGGAAACAGUGCGUCGACUACCCCGUGAAGAACAUCCUACCUCCCAGCAGUGUGUGUCCCCUCAGUGACGCGAGGUGGGGUGUAUGCUGGGUUAACUUCCAGAUAAUGAUGAUCAUGCUGGGUGUGCUGUCUGGCCUUUUCGUCCUGGCCUUCCUCGUGUGCUGCCUGUACUGCUGCUGCUGCCGGCGGCGGCGUCGGCAGCGAGUCAGUGACGACGAAGAGGAUUUAAGGGCAGAACAACAGACCCGAGCGAGGAACGCCCGUCAGAAAGAAAGGAGAAUGGAAAUGCAGCUGAGGCAUGAUAAAAUAAGACAGAAAUAUGGUAUUUCGAAGGACAAUCCCUACUCCCGCAUGGACGAUAAGAAAUAAGUGCCCCAAUUCCUCAGAUAGUGGCCCACGCCGUUUAUUUACUCCAUUGCAGAGUAGCAGGUGUCUUAUUUGAAGUGAGCCAUCUAUUGAAGAGGGGGCCACAACUUGAGAAUGUACAGUCCGAUUUAACAUGAAGAUGAAGCACAUUUAAAAUGCUUUUAUGCUAAACUGUGAUCUUUCCCUUUGAUUGUGUUCAUGUUUGCCAAAAAACAAACGAAAUGUUACAAAAUCAGUUACUGAUGUUCAAAUAUAUUCUGACUACACUAAUCCCUCUGUAAAUUACGGUUCACUUAUUGCGUAUUCAGUGCAUCACAGAUUUUUAUUUUUUUUCUCUAAUUUAGGCAGCAAUGACUCAAAUUUACGGAGCAAUUUACACUCACAUGUUACUAAAUUGCUUAGUAAUACAGCAAACAUGACCAACAUGCCACUGGUUAGUUAACACACAAGCUUCAUUUGAGAGUUAAGUAAAUUCACAAAUGCCAACCUAGCACGACGUACAGUAUAGCUAAUCACAUAAUGACAUUGAAUUCCAUAUGUGAACUUUUAAAAUGUAUGUAAAUAUGCAGUAAAUAAUUGGGUCACUACUUCACGGGUUUUCUGGAACGCAACUCCCGCGAUGAACGAGGGAUCACUGUAUUUUAAUUUUGUUUUGGUCUUAUUUUAUCAUAAACUGUGAUUUAGACCAUUGCACUGUCUAGUUUAACACUCCAGCAAGAGAUGUAAACCUGUAUUUGAAAUGGCAGUAUUUUCACAUUGCUCAUGUUUGUACUGUAUGUAUGUAUACAGACUUGUAACAUGUAAUCAUACGUGUUUGAUAAAUGUAUGUACUGUA